CUACUACUACAGCGACUACUACAAAAGCGACUAUUACUACAGCGACUAUUACUACAGCGACUACUACUACAGCGACACUACUACAGCGACUAUUACUACAGCGACUACUACUACAGCAACUACUACUACAACGACUACUACUAUAGCAGCAACAUCUACAACAGCAACAUAUACAGCAGCAACAUAUACAGCAACAUCUACUACAGCAAAUACUACUAUAGCAGCAACAUCUACUACAGCAACUACUACUACAGCAUCUACUACAGCAACUACUACUACAGCAGCAACAUCUACUACAGCAACAUCUACUACAGCAGCAGCAACAUCUACAGCAACAUCUACUACAGCAACAGCAACAUCUACAGCAACAUCUACUACAGCAACAUCUACUACAGCAGCAACUAUAUUUUCAACAGCAGCAACAACAACUGCAACAUCAGUGAAAGCACAAUCAAGAGCGUCAACACAACGUACACAGUGCAGCCGCACAAUGCAGACCGUGGCCAGGCCCUACUCCUCGGGGGAGCUGAGCAGGUGGAGGCCAGCACUCCAACCCCAGGAUCACCCAGACCCCGCCAGGCCUUCUGCUCCCCGGACCAGAAGCCCAAGCCUCGUAGGGCCCCGUAGGCUGGUGCCCAACCACUUGCUCCAAACAAGAACCUUCAGGAACAUUGUCAAGAACCAAGUGGUCGAGGCCAAGCCUGGGAUCCUACAUUUCGGAGGCUACGAGCUGGGGAAACGGCAUGCACAGGACGUGAAACUUAUCAACAUUUCAGCUGAGUGCAUUAACAUGCACAUUAUUCCUCCGCAAAGCAAACACUUUCAAGUGAAGUACUCCAAAAAGGGUGCACUGGUGCCCGGGCUGUCAUUACGCGUGUGUGUAGAGUUCUGUCCAGACGAGUGGCGCUACUACUACGACUGUAUCCGCGUCCACUGCCAGGGUGACGAGACGCUCCUGGUCCCCAUCCACGGCUACCCGGUCGUCAACGUUCCUGACCUCCCCUCCUUCCUCAAUAUCCCAGACACCGCCCUCGGAGAGAGCCGUGAAGUUGCCAUUCCCCUGCGCUGCAGCUGCCCCAUCGAUUUUGAGUUCCAGGUGUCCAUCACGCAGCCCAACCCGGCGAUCACGGUCACGCCCAGCUCAGGGUUGAUCCCGGCCCACGGGGAGACGCGCUUGGCGGUGCGGUUCUCCCCGCGCGAGUUCUGCACGGCCCGCGCCACGCUCUCACUGCUCGUAUCGCAGUUCAACGCCCAGCCGCUCGAGUGCACCGUGACAGGGACGAGCACGCCCGGAACGCACGCGCGUCGUGUGCGGGCAGCCAAGGAGGAUCGGAGCAGCAAAGCGGUUCCCAGCCCAACCGCUUCCCAGGGUCCACAGGCACGGAGAACUCGCCGCCUCGGUCAACUCUCCUCCCACCGCAGUGGAUCGAUGAGCGGGGUGGUUGCAGGAGGGGCGAGUCUGGGCGUGCCGCCGCGCCUGGACACCGUGUUCGCUGUGAGUCGCAUCCUUCGUGAGCAGCCCGACCGAUCCCAUGCAACAGAUCUCCGGGAUGCGGAGCGAGGAGGAGGAGGAGGAGGAGGCGGGCAGGGGUCUCGGCAUGCGGCCGAAGCGCUCUUCCUGCAGAAAGUAGCGAGAUUCACCAGGGAGGAGCGAGCCAACAUGCUGCGCUGGCAGGUUCACCUGGGCAGCGAGCCGCUGUCAUCUCGGGAGAAAUGGGAACUCGCGGAGGCACUGCGAGUGGCGGUGCUGGAGUACCAGCGGAGCCGAGGGGAGCACGUUGGUGUGCUCGCGCAACCAAGCGUCGAGACGGUGUUGACCUCACACCGUUCCUGCCGCCUCAUCUCGCAGGAGCUGCCUGUGCCGCCCGGCAUGGAUGUCCUCGCGAACGAUCCUUGGCCUCUCCGCCAGCGCGCGCUGGAGCGGUUGCAACAAGCGGCCCGCAAGGUGAUUGUGAGAGCAAGACUUAUGACACGACUGGCCCGCCUCAAGGCCCUGCCUGCUCAAGAAGACCGCGUUCAACCGGACACAGGGCACGUGGCGGCGAAGAGGGAAGCGACGUGGAGUGGAGAUGAGUCAGAGGAAGAAGAGGAGAGGCUUUUGAAAAUCUCCAUAGAGAGGAUCCUUCCAGUGUCAUUCAAGCCCGUGGCAGUGGGCAGGCUAUUUGAGGACAAGGCUUCUCCACCCUCACAACCACAGCUCCUCGAGCCAACGGAAGUGCGGAUUCCCAUCGAGGUGCCGUACCUACCCCUGAAGGUGAACCUGGACUCGCAGCAGCUGGGCAGGUACCGCCCCGUGUCGGUCCACGAUGCGUUCCUCACCUACAGCCGCUCGGCCCUCCCGAUCGCGCCCCGCAGCUUGCCACCCAGGCCCCAGGAGGAGCAACAGCAGCAGCAGCAGCCGAGUGGGUACCCGACUGUCGGUGGUCUGGGGAAGUCGGAGCAGGCGGAGCGAGGACGUGAGACGACCCAAGACCCUGAUGGCGGUCCCAACUUGAUGUCACCGCCCGCCACACUGCUCCUAACCCCCCCACACCCCUCGCCACUACUCUUCAGCGCAGCGCCCAGCCUUCAGGCCCGUGUCUCAAUGCUGCCUCACGUGGACGUCCAUCUUGACGCCGUGCUUCCUAGUGGCGGGAUGACAUGGGGCCCAGGGGCUGUUGCGAGGAGGCCCCGGACCCAACGCAGGGCCUUCACAAGCAGGGAUGCUGGGAGGGGUGCGAUGGACUGGCAGAGGUUCCUGCCGCCAGGCCUCCUCUUCUUCACCUCUUCUUCACAGCCCAACUCCACCACGCCCAGCUGGACGAUGCUCGCGGGCACAACGACGAUGCUACUGGGCGAAGCGCUGGUGCUCCAGCGAGCUCUGUCGCCCGAGGACCAGGAGAGCAUUGGAGGGGGCGCCCCGGGGAUAGCGCUCACUCCCAGCAUGGUGGCAGCAACGUUCGUGCUGCCGGACAGCGACUCGGGCCCACGGGUGUGACGGGUGAACCGAUGCUCACACGCUCCUCCUGCCCUGACCGUAACCCUUCGCCUCCGUUACCUGCAUGUGCCCAGACGCUGGGUUGGACCCAUGUCCAACGUUUGCGCAGAAUGUUCUCUGUUAGUUUUGAGUGGUGUUAAACCCUGCACGCCUGCAACCGAUUGGCCAAAAAUGCGCCCAAUCUCAUCAGGUCUCAGAGAUACUUAUAUGGGUGACCGCCAUGCAUUGCAGGUUGUCAUAGGUUGCUCGCACGGCUAUGCUCCCCAUCUUCACCAACCCAUACUGGGCAGCGUGGUGAAGUAUGGUCAAAUAUCCUUCAAGAUCCACUCGGCCUUGGAAGGCCCUUAUCCAGCAGUGAAUUGGCAGAGGGCUGUACAUUUGCAACAUCCUGCACAUGCUGUUUUAUUGCUACUGCAACCCAGGCGAAUGUUGGUCUGGAUAAUUAUCACCAGGCUUACCACCACACUACACCCACUUAUUAUACACCCACUUAAUGAUAAUCAUCACGAAUGCAUGUAUUCAUCCAGGAAAGCCUCACUGCAUUUCUGCAUUCUUUAUCAGGUGGAGUCUUGCUUCGGUACGUUUCCUUGUAGCCUUCAAAUGUAAUGCUUUGCAAGUGAAAGAAAAUAUCGAGCGUAAGGACAAAGAAAUCACCACGCACAAGGGGGAAUAACAAAGAUUAGCACAAAUGGUUCCACGAACCCACUAACCAGUUCACUGCCCGGCGGGUUUGGCAAGGAUACCGUGCCGGGAAAUUUGCGAAUAAAGGGCUUGGUAGCCUCCUAUAGGUGGGGUAAUGCUGCGCCACUGCACGACAUCAUACACUUGGUCUACAUAUGGAGUUUGUUUUUUUAUCAGAGAGACAUCCCAACACAUGUAGUAUGCAAUAUCUCUUCAAAACUUUUGAACAACACCCACAGCAGCUGCCACCAUUUUACAUUUCAACCUACGAUGGGUUUAUUGCCCCUUGGCCAAAACUGGCUCCAGGGAAUAAUUGGCACAGAGGUGCCUCAUUGAAAGAGGUGACAACCAAUUCCCAAAAAUGGCUUUGCAUUUGAAGCCAGUGGACAUUAAUGUUUAAUAUUAACUGUUAGGAAAAAAAGCAAGCGUCCACGGGAGGGAGGGGUCGCGAGAAGAGACAAUGGUGCGUGGUCGGGGGACUGGCGACGGGAGAGUGGGGUAAGCCAAGGGAGGGGUAAGCCAAGGGAGGGAGCGGCCGUUCUGUUGGUGCAGCUCCUGUGCGCCGAUAGACAUCGCUAAGCGCCAUGAGUGGGGCCGGGGACGGCGGGGCGUGGGGACCGAUUUGGUUUUUAUUGGGCGACCUCCGAGAUCCAAACCCUUGCACCGUGAGCGCCAGGCAUCACGCGAACGCCACGAGACAAAUGCGCCACGCCAGAACUUCCUCGCUGGAGUGUGAUGGGAGCAGCACGAGUGGUGCUGCAAAGUGAAUGCUGCUCUGAUUGAAUCCACGAGGCUCUUGGCGAUGUGGACGUUGUUGGUGUUUGUGGGUGGAUCGAGGAGCACCUGCAAUUGCUGUGGGUAAUAGCCGAGCGAGCGUGCUGUGCCGAGCAUUAUAGCUGUGCCGAGCAUUGUAACUGUGCCGAGCAUUAACAGGUCCCUGCAGGGUGGGCUGGUAGGACAAGUCGCUGCGCUGUCUAUUGCUGAUUUUACACCCAACAGCACGAGAUUUCACUUCGUUAAAGUAUUGAAAGGGGACGGAUGGACGGACGGACGGACACAUUAAUCUAUUGCAGGCUGGUACACUCAGUUUACAACUUCGUUCCUACCAGUAUAACUGUGCCGAGAAUUGUAACUGUGCCGAGAAUUGUAACUGUGCCGAGCAUUGUAACUGUGCGUGCAUGUACGUUGCGCUGGGCGUUAUAACCAGGUGAAUGUGCUCGAGGGUGUUAUGACUUGGUGCGUGUGCUACGCUGGGCAAUGUAAACGGACAUCGGUUGGGUCAUGUGCAUCCUACUUCACAAGAGAGACCCCAUUCCCGGGCCACAUGACCCUCAGUGCCUGUGUCUUGAGCCUUUGUUGUCACCGGGAUUGAUUUUUUUGUAGAAUCAGGGCGCGCUUGUAAAACUGUGUUAGAUGCGCGGAUGCGCUCUUAUACUCGCGCUCAAAGAAUCGCUGCUCUCCCCAGAGUGUGUGCUCCCACUGGGUGAUCGCCGUCUUAUUAACCCAUCCCACAGCCAGGACGAUGAUUGCGGUGCAUCUACGCCACGCCUGAGCGUACGCUCAAAUUUAUCACAGUCGUGCUGUUUUGGCUCCAGCCAUAUCUUUGAUUCCAGCAUCUGUAGUCGAUGGGCUCUGGGUGUCAUAUCGCUCAUGUGCAGUGGAAUGGAGAUCCGCAUGAAAGGGGGCACUUUCCGUGGUGGUGGUGGUGGCGGCGGCGGCAUCGUGCGGUGAUUGCCCUUGGCAUCUUGGGCAACAGGCACAAAAUUGCGUGCAGUGCGGAAGCAUAACCCUAAUCGUGACUUCACCACACGUCCUUAAGCCUCCUUACACGCCCUCACCACCCCUCAAACCAUUGACCGCGUUCACACAGCACUGCCCGAUUCGAUCAUUCACCAGCAGCGUUUCAUAUAUUUAACAUGAAGCGACUCCUGAGGUCGUCCACUGGCUCACUCACCAACCUUCACAUGAACAUGCAAACGUGACCUGAUCAACUCCCCACCACAGAAAAGGAGACCACCGUUUCACCACACGGUCAUAUGCGUGACCUUACCCAGCACGUUGUCACGCUAAAGCCUGUGCGAAUGACACCAGGGUGAAGCACCGCGUAACCGAGGUGCAGAGGGAGCGCAGUUGAGUGGGCGGAGGGUCAAACCGCUUCCGGUUACGUGGCGGGGUGGAGGUCGUGUGGGCGAAGGGGCUAAGGGAAUGCUGUUUGCACGCCAGCGACGUGGCGGGCUAAAAAUGGGAUUGGUGCAGGGAGCGGAGAGGUUUGAUUUACCACAUUACGCUUCUCUUCACAUCACACGCUACCCCUCUGUGCUUGGGAUAUUCUCACCAACAGGGGGGCCCCCCAUUCGCUUCAGCAUGGGAGCUCCGAUUCUGGCCAAGAUCUACAAUAGUGCUCAGCUGCUACCAUUGUUGUUGGGCUUACACAAUCGUGUACAAGUGUGCAUGUGUGUGCUGGUGUAUAGGGAAUGGUGCCGUAGUGGUUUACACACUGCGCUACGAACCCGGCGAUUUGGGUUCGAUCCCAGGCCACGGCUGACAAAUGUUGCGAGUCAUAUCUUAAUAUGUCCUGGGCUUUGUCUAGGUUGUUUCCUCCGCCUUAGGUAAUUAUAUGUUGAGGUGUAUAAACAUCAGCUCAGGCAUGGUGCUAGUCACACCACCCUCUCGUGUGCAAUAGGUGCUCGCCACCAGCCCCAGCAGUCAAUACGGAGGGGUCUUUCUCUCUGUGCAUAUGGAGGAAGGUGUAUGCGGCUGCAUUUUCUCCAUGUUUGGCCAAUUUGUCGUAAUUUCCCCCAUUCACAUCUGCUGCCGUAUGCACACUGCGCUCCACUGGCCCCAUGUAUGUAACAGCGUCGCUUCCCCAAUUCAUCACGGGCUACUUCCACAGCCUCCCUCCUCCCUGCGUUACACUAACUUCUCUCUCCACCCUCUAUCCGCCAUCUCUCUCCUAACCUCCACUGCACCCCUCCAUUCUCUUCCCUCGUUGCUCUGCCACCUCUCUCCUCCAAUCCACUCAUUUCCUCGUCCCCGACCCCUCCCUCCCGCCCUCUCCUCCUUUCCCACCUCCCCUGGGUAGGGUGAGAUUUGGUGUAGAGAAGCAUAAUGUGGAAAUAUGGAGUGUGGUGAGACACACUAUAGGUAGGAUGACAUUGCUCAUCAUUUUUGUCAAUUUCUUCGCUAAAAAUUAAAUGCAUGAAUUCAUGGUUUUCAUAUAAUAUUUAUCAUCCAACAACAGCACUCUCGCGCACUCUCGCGCACAGCCUCGCAGCCUCGCUCGCGCGCAUACACACACACGUGUGCGCAUACACACACGUGCUGCUCAGUGACAUAGUAACACCCUGUGCUCAAGGCACAGGGCUGCUUGAGCAUCUGAAGAGGAAGAGUGAAUAAUCAGAUAUCUGUCUGUCUCCCCGUCACCUGCCCUGCAGCCAACGGGCAGAGCACAUGCGGUCCAUGUCGCUUCCACAGAGUGCCUGAAGGGUAGAACGUGCAAACUGUUCAUCAAUUAAAACUCGAUUUGUACGCUCAUGGUACUCGCAUCAAAAGUCUCUAAUAAAUGGACGAUUAACUGUGCAGGAUGGUAGAACCAUCUAAGCGAAGCAACAAGGCAAACACGUCAAAACAAGACAAAACAACAAAUGGGACAGUGCAGGUGGCUGUAUCAAAUGGGACGGAACAAAAGAAUGGAUUCUUCAAUUGAAUCGUGUCACCGAAACACGACAAUUAAUUGAAUGGCCGAAGGCGAUAGUGAAUUGUUCAAUGCCUCUUAAUGUGAUCCCUCCCACAAGGCACAGACUGCAUAGCAUUACACCGACCGCAGCUCGAAAAGACAGCACUAAGACAAGCCAUUGCAACACACAGCAUCACACUGCGUGCCAAAACAACACCGCUUGCAGCACACCGUCACACCUGAACGCACGGCAAUGCACACAGCAAUAUGAUGGGCGUCAUGUGUUUAUUUUACAUCGCCACUUGUGACAAAUCACAAAAUUGUAUUUUUAUUAAAUGUAUUUACAAAUGUAUCGUAUGCUCAUUAAAUACACUCUGUGGA